UAUGUAGGUCUCAGUGCGAACGCUGCGCGUGAGUUCUUCAUAUAUAUAUACGCGGUCAAAACAUCGGUACAGUUUAGUUUGCAGUUAAUACAGCUAAAUAGUAGGUUCAGUACUAUCUAUAAAAACAAAUAAAAAAAAGUUCGCAAACAUUUUGGGGGACUUGACUUAUACUGUAAAUGACUUGUAGCGUCCCUAUAAUCAGAGUAACUAACCAGCGUUCGCAAAAAUCCGAGUGACGCACUGCAAUACGAGUUUGAAAGCACUUUCAAAACUACGGUAAAAAUACAUCAAUCAAAUUGAGCAAGCACACUAUUUUGCUUGAAAAAAUCUAAGUUUGUUUGUUUGUGGCUAACAACUUGUGAGCGUGUGUUUUUCUUGAUGUGGCAAAGAUGAAGUCGAAAGUAUAGAUUAUUACGUUCUGGCAAUAGAACCGACGUAUAGGUUUUUUUUUUUAAUCUUGCUUACGUUAUCAUUUACACGAGAAAACCAGUUUACGUGACGUCAGUGCUGUACGAACCGCUUAGUUGUUUUUGUGUUAAAAGAUAAAUAUCCCCUAGUUCUUUGUGUGUAACUGUAUUGUUAAUUGUUUAGUGGUGUGGUGCGGGUUUAUUAAUCUUUGAGGCUACGUAUCCUGUGAGACAUAGCCAGCCGACCAAAUGACGAGGGAUGAUGAUGUGCUUGUAAUAAAUGAUGUUUAUUUUAACGUGUAUAAUACCAAUCCACCAAUCACACCGUUGACACCUAUACAAAAAAUCUUUGCUUCAUUUGAUGGUAUCGGUGUGCACAGUGGUGUGCCGACACGUACUACGCCAACAUUGACACCCACCACCUUAAAAAACAUUGAACAAACGUUCAUAGAAGCAACGAAUGCCACACAAAUUAAUUUACCAUACCAAGCAGGAUUCGUGCCACCUUCUUACCCAAUGGAAGAUCAUAGCCAGGAUGGCGGUGUAAGUCAGGAAUCACUCAGCUCAACCUCCAACGGCUCGUGGCACGUUUCUGGAUCACAUGGGUUUAACGGUGAUGAUUUGGACUCAAAAUCUUCUGCAUCAAUGGACCAACCAUCUUUCGGUACGCGAGCCUCCCGAUCUACUUUUGCUACGAGUAAUUCAGAUGAUAAUGUGAAAUUGGAGACGGGGCUUUUUGACGCAGUGAAUUCAUUCGCAAUCGGGACUACAACUAGGCGGACCUCUGGCCCUUCUGCGCGAAAUGGUAGCGGAGGACGACGAAAUGUUGGUGGUCGACGUCCACACAAGCCCUCAAAUCUCACUCCAGAAGAAGAGGAAAAACGACGAAUUAGACGAGAGCGAAAUAAACAAGCAGCAGCCCGGUGUCGUAGGCGUCGCGAGGACCACACAAACGAACUUGUUGAUGAAACGGAUCAAUUAGAGAAGAAGCGCCAAUCAUUAGCUCAGGAAAUCCAACAACUACAACAAGAGAAGGAUGAUCUUGAGUUUUUGCUUGAAUCGCAUCGUGCGCACUGUCGCCUACAGGCUCGUCACAGUCCCAUUGACUUAAAACCUACUGAGCUCGAGAACAUUGCAACCUUUGUACUGCCAAAAAUUAAAACCGAACCAGAUGAAGAAUUUAUUCUUCAGCGGCAGAAUCUACGUGCAACGCAGAUGCAGGAUCAUCUCGACAACGAUGCUUCUGAACACAGCACAGUUUCUAAAAAACUAAAAAUUUCAAAUACACACACCGAGAGUCUUGAGACGCCGACACCGACUAGCAGUGGCUUCAUUCCCCUCGUAGGCGUUAGUUUCGCUGGUACCAAACCAUCAAGUGAAGCAAGUGGUAGUCGCCCUACACGUCCAGAUAGCUUAGAUGUAAAGUCAGCUGCACAAUAUCCAUUAAUCGCUAGAAUUGACGCUGGAGGAUCGGUUGGAAUGUCGACACCAUCGAGUGGACUGUUUAACUUCGAUAGUCUGAUGGAGGGUGGUACGGGAUUAACACCGAUAGCAGCCCCGAUCAGUUUUCCAUCCAACCGAAAUCCCUUGGAGCUUAUUACACCAACCAGUACAGAACCAUCGAAACUAUGUAGUCUAUAGUGCAAUAUUAGCCAGCAUCUCGAAAGAAAUGGUUAAAAAUUAACAGUCUUUAAAAUUGUUGGACAUUGGCAUCGCGAAUGCAUUGAGUUCAUUUGUUAAUUUUAAGGACUAGUCCUAGACCUUCGUUAAACAAACGAUCGUUAACAGUGAAUAUCAGCGAUCGGCAAACUGUUGUGGUGGAGGGUCAAUUUAUUUAAUCAUCGAAAGCUGUUGGCCAGGAGAAUACAGGAUUUUUACAACGAUAUUAUGAAUUUGUAACAUUUUUGAAACAAAAUAAUUCAUAUUUAAACGAUCAAAACAACAAAGCAAGAGUAAUGUCGCUUCUUGAUGAACCGUUCCUCAUAUACUACAAAAUAAUUGGGGAUAUUUUGGGGAUGAUAUAAAAGCCUUUACGGUCGAAAAAAUAUUGAGGCUAACGUACUUGACAAAUUCACCAACAUUUCACCAAGCACCAAAAACUAUUUAAUGCUUUACGAAUAACUAAUGCCAUGCCAGACAAACUGAUUAAUAUCUGAUUCCUUUCAAAACAUACUUCUUGAACAUGGUUGUACUCUUAGAAAGCGUUGUACUCGUAAAAACAACAAUUUUUUUUUAUUUUAAUAAUCGUUCCAAUUUUAAAAUGGAAAUGACCAUUGUCAUGUAGAAACAAUGUUACAGGGUUUCGAAUCAUAUAAGGGAAUAGUUCAAUCACUUAGGGGAAUGUUGCAAAUCGGUAGGGGAAUAUUGCAUGCAAGCUGUGGAUGUUUGCAAUCACUUAGGGGAGUUUUGCAAUCGAUUAGGGGAAUGUUGCAAGCGUACUGGGGAGCUGUCAUCAGACGGUGGGUGCCGGUGUAAAAAGCUUCAAAUUGAUACCGAUGAAGUUUUUUUUAAAAACAUCGUUUGGAGUUGUUUUCGUGUGGGAGUCUGCUGUACACAUGAUAAACUAAAGAAAUCCUGCUGCGGAGCCAUAAUUAAACAUGAUAAGUUAGUUAGAUUGACGAAAAUAUUUUAAGGUAUUUACUGCGGCACCCACAGUCUGAUGACAGCUCCACAGUACGCUUGCAACAUUCCCCUAAUCGAUUGCACAACUCCCCUAAGUGAUUGCAAACAUCCACAGCUUGCUUGCAACAUUCCCCUACCGAUUUGGAACAUUCCCCUAAGUGGUUGAACUAUUCCCUUAUAUGAUUCGAAACCCUGUAAUGUAAUAUACAGGAAAUUUAACCUUGAGUUCCAUCAUUUUGAUUAGUCCGUCAAUCGAUAGUUAAAUUUGGAAGAAUUCGACGGUAUGAAAUAUCAUAUUAAAAGAUGUUCAGUAUGUUUUAUAGUAAUAGGUUCUUUCUAUCUUUCAAAAUCUUCUAUCUGGCAUUUAUUUUUCGCGGGCCAGAUUGAAUGUCGCGGUGGGUCAGACUUUUCGACCGCUGGCGUACGUGAUACAAAUGAAUAGUCGUUUUUUGUACUGCUCGACUUUGUUUAACCUAUUGCCGCGAAAAAGAUGGCCCUUACACAAUCGCGAAAAAUUAACAAUCGUUAAAAAUUAACCAGAGUCGUUAAAAUUGCUCGAAUUUGGCAUCACGAACGCAUUGAGUUCUUUUGUUAAUUUUCUCGAGUCUAGACCGUUGUUAAAUAAACGAUCACUAAGAGUGUAUGCGAUACUAAUUAACAGUCAUCUAAUUAUACUGCUCGAAUUUAUUCCCUGUGUUUUUUUUAUGACACAGUGGUUGAGCAGUGGUUAAAUGUUUGCAAAUGUUAAAAGUUUGCCACGAUAUUGAGCAGUGGUUAAAUGUUUGCAAAAACAAACGCAUGAAUGAACAACUAAUGAACUCUGUUAAAGCAAAAUGAACUUUAAAAGAAUGUUAAUAUGUGUCAUUUUUUCGCGAUGUCGGCUAAUGUUCAAAAGCGACUUAACAUUGUUUAUUUAGGCUCGAAAACGGUGUAAAAUGUGUCUAUUGCUUCGCGAUGCCGGUUGUGAAUUCAUAGUUAAACAAUUGUUUUUUUCUCAUCACAAUUUAUUUUGAUCUAUUUUGUAGUUGGGUAAGGAUUAGUCUUCGAUUAGCCUGAAAAAGCGUAUUUUUGUCGUAAUUUUUGUCUUUUGUUUGCUAUCAAAAUUAUUUAAUGAAUCGUUUCAGAUUGCUGAGAUAACAUAUUUAAGAAUAAAUUAACUAUUGAAUGUAAAUUACUCGAAGGUUUAAGGUUUCAGUUCUUGUUUCAACUAUGGGUUUGAUCAUUCAAAUGUCAAUGAACAAUUGCAAUUACAGCUUAAUUAAAAUUCAUUAAAUUAUAGCUUUCAAUAAAUUAAUUGGUUAAGCAAUACGGCCUCGCCUUUCAAUGUUUAAAAAAAUCACAUAUUUUUGACACGUGUUGAAUACUAUGGAUAAAAGGCAUGUAGCAGAAUUUAUUAAUUGUAUCACCGUGUUGAACGGCACCUGAACGAUUGGGUUUAAUUUUCCGUUAUUUCAAAUUAAUAUGUUAUUUAAUUUCAUCCUUCAACUUCAUCGGAGCGCUUCAAUGGUACAAUCGUUAACUCAAACGACUCAAUAUGACCGUCAUGGGUUCAAGCCUAGAAUAUACCGUCCUUCCGUAGCAAGGAUUGACUAUCCGGCUGCGUGAUAAUGAAUUAAGUCUCGCAAGCCUAUAUAGUCCGGCAUGUCCGCGUAAGACGUUACUCCAAGUACAAGAUGAAGAAUUAAUUUCAUCUUCUUAUCUUCUUCUUAUCAAUAAAAAUGAAAGGCUUUUUUGUAUCGUAUUUGUCUGUAUGUACUGUAUGUUUUGCAUUAAGAUAUAACUAAAACGUUGAUUUGAGUCAAUUAAGCUACAUAGACAGUUUAUAAUAGUAUAGGAUAUGAUUUUUUGUGCUCCUUUAACCCCUACAUCCCCUUCUUCCGCUACCCUUUCACUUUUUUUGACAGUUUCAUCAAGAUAUAUUGAUGUGAAUAUUUUGUUAAAAAUGAAGCACCUUACCGAUUUUGCUGAAAUUUGGAGAGAACAUGCCUUAUGGUGCAACAAUACACUGAGAAAAAGGCUUAUCCAUUCCGGAUAAGGGGAGGUGAUUAAAAUUUAAAGUUUAAAAUAAUAGUUCUACCUAAAAACACUCUAUCCUCUUAUUCAUCCUUUGUUUCUCUUUUAAUCCUUGAACAUGCUAUAUCUACACUUUCUGUUGAAAUGCCUGAACCUUAUCCUGCAGCAACGCCACCUCUAACUGUUACGAGUAACCGUGCCGACAAACCGCGUGUCCUUUAUUAUGGCAUGCGGAAUGUAAAUAAGCUAAAUGACAGGAGAUAGGUUUAGACAUUUAGAUAGGGUGACAAGAUCGAUCUUCGAAUUUCGAACAUUUAAGAAAGGGCAACGUUCGCUGCGUAACGCGAUGGCGGAACGGCCAUCGCCGGAAAAAAGGGAUAAAUACACCGUGCGCAGAACAAACGGUCUCUUUAAAAGUUAGCGAACGAUAGAUCGCGGUUUUUAAAACUACUGAAAUCUAAGCUUGUCUUUUUAUAAUCGGUUGGUCCGUUUUUAAAUAUAUUGAAGAUUUGUACGUUA